GAGCGAUCGUCUCUCUCGAAGUGCGUGGGUCAGAUCAUCACGUGGGUCCCUUCUAAUUUUGCUGUGUAAUACUGAUUGUGUAUCAUCAUUGGGAUUAUCAAGGCGGCGGAUUGUAGUGCGACGUACGGACACACAUACAUACGUAUACGUAGUGCGACGGGAGUAAACAUAGAGCAAAGAGCAUUCCUUGUCUAAAUGCUGCACGGCUUGUGGCGUUAUUAACAUUGACCGAGGUACCAAAGAAAGUGUCAAGAUUGAGCAAGUCGUUGUUCCGUCCGGCGGCGAUCUCGCCAAAAUUUGGAGGAUGCUGAUGCCGGGUGCCGCUGGUCUCGGUGUGGGCGCGGUGGGUGCCGUAGGUGCCCCAGCGCCCGACGAGCUGGUGCAAGGGCUGGGUGCCCUGGCUGGUACUACGCCGCAGCAAAAGGACACAACAUGGACGAAGCUGUUUGUCGGUGGUUUGCCCUAUCAUACCACCGACAAGAGUCUCAGGGAACAUUUUAACGUUUAUGGAGAUAUCGAAGAAGCCGUCGUCAUCACGGACAGACAGACCGGCAAAAGCAGAGGCUAUGGCUUUGUAAUUAUGGGGGAUAGACCGGCGGCAGAGAGGGCAUGCAAAGACCCUAAUCCCAUCAUCGAUGGUCGCAAGGCAAACGUCAACUUGGCCAUUCUUGGAGCUAAGCCCAGGGGUAAUUUGCAAACGACAUUUCCGUUCGCUACAGGCAUCCGGGCCGGUUAUCCAGCAGUACUUCCUGGCCAAUACGGGGUACCACCAGGCUACAUGUAUCAGUCACCCUACCUGGCAGCCGCGGCGCCAGGUGGUCUGGUACCACUUCCGGCGACGCAGUUGAGCCACGCAGCCGCCGUCGCCGCGGCGUCGCAGUUCUACGAGUACCAGAACGCGGCGGCGGCCGCCGCGACCUACCCGGGCACCUCGUACAACUUCGCCGAGGCGUAUCCGUACACGACCGCGGCCGCGGCUGGUACGUGUUUGAAUAGUGUCCAGAGUAAGGGUAGCAACUACCCGUUACACCAUCACCACCAACACCACCAACAGCAGCAACAGCAGCAGCAAAACGGUCCCGCGACGUUGGCGCAUCAGCAACGGCUGGAGAAAGCUCUCCUACCGCAAUUUCUGCCGUCCGUGCUGCGUGAUUACGCUAAUGCAGCGGCAGCAGGUUACGUAGCACCGUACACGUACGCCACAUUGCCAGGUGCUGCGGGUCUGCCGGCAGCAGCGGCGGCGGCGGCAACAGCAGCUGGGGCGGCUUUUCCAGGCCUCCAGUAUCAGACAACACCUCAGGAGGCCAGAUUGCAAUAAAGCGCUUUCGACAUUAGACCAUCACAAGACAGUUGUAGCCGAGCCUUCUUACGUGACAGAGAUGAAGCGAGGGAGGGGAGGAUGGGGGCUUUAAAACGUUCUCGAUCUCGCCAUCUUUGGGGAAUCGGCUCGCCAGCUUCCUCGUUUCAGCUAUUUCCAUGAGACUUUUAUGUUCCCGAUCGUGUCUCGCAAAUCAAUCGAAAUACCUCCGCGAGAACCGCAAAGAAGAUGACAUCUGACGAAGUGGCAGCUUCCUCGAGAUUGACGAAUCGCGACUUCUUUCGCUAAGUCUGUAUAAUCUGUAUUCUUCCUUUUUCGCUUCCCUGACCUUUAAUUUUCCUUUUCUCAAUUUCUCUCGUGAAGCCGAGAUAUCGGCCUGCUCUCGAUCAAUAUCAAUAUUUCGCGAAAUUUUAGAGGAAAGACUCUACGAUUUUUAGAGAGCUACGAUUACAAUUAUUUAUAGCAAACUCGAAUAAGCUCGUUUGAGAAAAUGACCCUCGACCAAAUCGGAACUUGAGAGCCGAGAAGAGGGUUAAUUGAAAGCGCAUUAAAGAGUUAAAAGCGCGAAAACACCCGCUGUAGGUUUUUGGGUACAAUGCUAUUCUGUAAGAUUUCUAUUUCGAAAUAUUACAACGAGAUGAGAGGCGGUGUAUCGAAAUGUAACCGCGUGUUACAAUUCUUGAAAUUUAAUUUUCUUAAGAUUCAAGCUCAUCGAGAUCAUAAUCAUACUAGUUCCUUGCCCCUAUCCAUUUCCGUCGGUGGUUCCUAAAUCGGACUUCUUUGACAGUCAAUUUUAACAGUGUUAGUCAAACGAUAUACACGUGAAUUUUCUCUCUCAUAGCUGCGACACAAUCUGUCUUCGACAAAGUUAAGCGAAUGCGGUAAACUAAAAAUAUCGAUAAAAUUAGUGCGAAAGUUCUAGUAGUAUAAAUUUCGGAAUCAUUUAUACAUUCAGGUUUAGAGAUGCACGGAGAAAGCAACGUGUUUUAAUUUUUAGGUAAAUUUUCAGUAGAUCUUAAAAACUUAACGCGGUAAACAAGAUUUCUAGUAUCAUAAGCUGUUAGGUUACAUUUUCAGGCGUUUUCAGAUAAAGGAA